AUGCCAUCACUGAGUCGAUCUGCAGCUGUUUCGUUCCAGAUAGAAUUGCGUCGUGAACAAAAUCACAAAGUGGGUGAUCUUCUGUCGUAUGCACAAUCAAAUAUCUCUAAGCCAAUGCUUGAGAACCAUGGCGUUCGAGAUCAAAUAACACAAACCAACAAUAAGGGGUUGAUUAUGGUAGCAAUACAACCGCAAAUGACAUAG